CAAAAUUUCAGAACGAGAAAGAUGACGUCAGUGCAGUCCAGUCGAGUUAGCGAGUGAGCAGCGAGCCAGUUGAUACGUGAUCGUUAGCGCGUCAACACGUCUUCGGUGCAGCUGCUUAUAUUUUUCGAGAAUUAUUUCGGAAACUAAACUAAUCCGUACAAGAUGGGUGAAGAAGACGAAUACGCUUGUGUUAACAGAUCACAACUAAAAAUCAAGAAUACAACUGGAAUCAAAAAGAAGAAGAAUAAGAAGUCUAGUAAAGAGAAGCAGAGACUGAUUGAAAACGACAUCAAACAACAACAAACUACAAAUACAGUUGUAAACUCUAAAACAAAGGCUGAGAUGGCAUUUCAGAAGAUGCAGGAGAAAAUGCAAAGGCAGAGGAUUCAACAAAAAGCUGAGAUGACUCACAAGCAGAGAGUGGAGCAAUUCAACCAGCGUCUAGACAAUCUCACUGAACACUUUGAUAUACCCAAAGUAUCCUGGACUAAGUAAUUAGUUUAUAAUUAUUAUUGUAAGUCUUGUAAAGCGCAUAGGUUCAACUCUGUAAUUUAUACCAUGCCGCUAC